UACUUUCGGGCGCACAUUGUACGGAAAUAACGAGAGGGCGGCGCUGCGACUUCUGUACUACGCAGUGCGGGUGCGCGGAGGAGAUGUCGGCGGGGAGGACCCAUAUACAUUAUUGAUGUUAUUCCAGUCUGUACGCCAGAGAUAUUUCCCAUUGUAGCUACAGUAAACUAUAGAGCAAAGAAUGGGAAGGAGUAACCGUGGUGUUUCUUACGCUGAAAGCCUGGCUGUCUCCACCGAACACCGACUUUUGCUUUUCAGCGGUAUUUUCAGGAGGGACUAGCUUCGGGAAAGCAAGCAAGCUAGCAGCCCAGGCUAGCUUCGCAGCUAAACUGCUGCCUUAUUGUGGCCCGCAACGAAACCUCCCAGCUAGCGUCCGUCGCAUGCACAGAAAGAAAAAAUGGUGUACCUGUUAAAUCCUAUAGAGAACCUGAGGAGCUACAUCAACAACCGUCCACCGCUGGUCAUUUUUAUGAUCAGCGUCAGUGCAGUGGCCAUAGCCUUCCUGACCAUCGGUUAUUUCUUCAAGAUUAAGGAGAUCAAGUCUCCAGAGUUGACAGAGGACUGGAACACCUUCCUGCUGCGCUUCAACGAGUUGGACUUUUGUGUGUCGGAGAAUGAAACGAUAAAGCACGGCCUGAACGAGUCGACCACGCCAGAGAGCAUGGUUGUGACUAGCGGCCAAGCUCGUUCCAGCACCCAGGUUCCCCUACUGCUCGAGGACUCGGGUCCCAUCAACAUUUCAGUCCCCAUCACCCUCACGCUGGACCCCCAGCGCCCGUUUGGAGGGUACUCUCGCAAUAUCACCCACCUGUAUGCCACAGUGCUGGGACAGCAAGUUGGUCUAUCAGGCCGGGAAGCCCACGAAGAAAUAAACAUCACCUUCACCCUGCCUUUAUCCUGGAACUCAGACGACUGUGUGCUGCACGGCCACUGCGAGCAGGUGGUGUUCAGCACUUGCAUGACCAUCACUGCGGCAAGCAAUAUCUUCCCAGUCACAGUGCAGCCGCCGCACUGCGUGCCUGAGACGUAUACUAACGCCACGUCUUGGUACAAGGUGUUCACCACAGUCCGUGACUCAGAUACCAAGUACAGUCAGGACUACAACCCUUUCUGGUGUUACAAAGGAGCCAUCGGCAAGGUGUACCACGCACUCAACCCAAAGCUCACCGUCAUUGUUCCUGAUGAUGACCGUUCCCUCAUCAACCUGCACCUGAUGCACACAAGCUACUUCCUGUUUGUCAUGGUCAUCACUAUGUUCUGCUAUGCAGUCAUCAAGGGGCGGCCUGGCAAAGUACGGCAAACCAACCCUGACUUCUGUCCUGAGAAGGUACAGCAGACACCAGCAGUGCUAUAUGACACCAACAGGUGGCGCUGUCAGAGGGUUAAGGAGACACCAGAGAGCUGUGUCAGAACUUACCUGUAACGCUGACAAACUCAAAGAAACAGAAGAAAUAAAAAUAAUUAUACCAGUUGCCUAGUGAACCUUGGAAAUACAAUAAGGGACACAAAAGCUCUGUGAAUGCAUUAAUCUUGCAAUGUUGGGUUUCUCCAACCAAAGAUAUACAAGUGCCUGUAUCUGUCAUGUAAAUAUUUGUAGGAACUCUGAUAUUCUGUGAAAAAUCUUUUUCCUUUUAUUGUUAUUGUUAUAUUAUUUUGCCUGCGUCCCCUUGUGCCAUGUCAGAACAUGCAGUACAUAAAGAAAGCCGAGGGGCAGAUCCUAAACUACAUGACCAUUUUUUUUCUAGCAGUCAUUCGGCUUCAUUUACCAAGCAAGAUGGAAAACCCACAGAGGAGCAGUCCAUGGCAUUUUAUCACAGAGUUCAGACAGGAGUUCUGGCUGUAAAAUGUUUGGUAUGUCCAAACGAUUUGUAUUUUUAUCUCACAUGAUGAGAAAACAUGAUGUGUAGCCACUUCAAAAUGUUAAAGCAAACUCAGUAUGCUUGAAUGCACAGGUGGAGACAUUUGCUUAAGAAUUAGAUGAUUGCAACACAUGCAUAAGUUAACCUUCAGUGUGCGCAGGGAAGACAGUGAAUUUAGCACCUUCUUUCUGCACCAGACCCGACAGUGUAAUCAGAAGUCUGAUCAGAAUUUGGACAUUACAUAAUGUCUGUUCAAAACUAGCAAUUAAUUUAAACAGUUAAACAUUUAAACUCUCAAUUAUAUUAGGUCUUUGCAAAAUUAAGUUUCUCUGUGUGUCUGCAAUGUCAACAGAUGUUGAGUAAAGUAUUUAGAUGAUUGCACUGUGCACAUUAAUUUAUGAACAGAAUACAAUGUCAACAGUAAAGCUAAUGAGUCCCAUUAUCUCAGUUUGUAUCCUAUUAGACUUAUCAGUAAGUCCAUCUUAAUGGCAGUUAAAUAAGCUGCAGAACUUCCUGUGGUUUGCAUUUUUGGGGUUUUUUUAGGUGUUUUUGUGCUUUGAGACAAGUUGUCACGCUGUCACACUUGAUUUUCUGCCUUUUUGUUUUCCUUCCUCGUCACUCGCCUGCCUCUCGUCUCUUAUUGGCUGCCUGUCACUGCAGCAGUUUCGUAAUUUUGGCUUCUAGACUCCAGUGACGUUCAUACGGUCGUCUUCGUGCACCCGGAUGAAGCAAAACAUGAUCUUGCCUUACCUACGGUGGACUCGCUUGCUUGAAACUAGACGGGAGAUGAUUUUCUCUCUUUCCGACAGUCAAGUCUCCGGUCCCUUCCUCCACAGCCAUCCUUCUCGUCGUCUUUCUUCCACUAUGAGGAGUCUGUUGUUUGAAAUCAGAGUGAUUUUGUCCUGUUGAUGUAAAUGUCAAGUGGCCCUUGGUUAUAUUUUAGGAUGCUUUUGAAUUACUUGUGCUUUUAUUUUAAGCAAAUCAUUCUUCUGGUGUUUGCAUAGAUGGUGCACCUUGUGGAUUUCUUGCACAUUUUGUGAUAUUUGCUCAUGUUGUUGUUGUCCUAGCAAACGUCUCAUAUCACGUAAACAGUCUGAUAUUGAAGUGUGUAAACCUUGUUUUAAUUGGACUCCUUCUAAAAAUAAAUACAAUUCUAUAUAAGUAUAGAAUUAUAUUUAAUUGACUAUUUUAUUUAAAAUGAAGUCAUUUAGUUUUUUAUCAUUAUUAUUAUUUUGUAGUACAACAAAAUGUGCAAAAACUCACUUGGUGUGUGAAUGUGUGUAAGUGAAAUAAAGGCGGCUUCACACUUUGAUUCUCUGGUUGGUGGUGACGAAACUGUAGCUUUAAGGAUGAAAUUCAUGCUCUUCCACUGGUUUUACGUGUCAGAUUUUGAGAGCACAGCAGAGUUUGACAAUCAUUUACUCUAAACGUACUGCGACACAGAUUUGAUCUGCAAUAAAGAAUAAAACAACAACAGUGCAGUAAUUAGAUUAGAUUAAGAUCGUUGUUCAUGUUAACCAACCGCUGUCCACUGUGCUGUGCUGUGCUGUGCUGUUCAGACCCAAAUGUCUUCUCUAAAAACAGUCCUGCAGACUUAAAGGAAAACCAGAGAAUAAGGAAGUCCAAGUCCGCCUUUAAUGUCUCUUAUGUUCAACUUGUUUAUCAAUAGCAAUUACUGAUACAUUUUACUUACCUCUGUGUUAUAAUUUUGUCCCACAUUUGAUGUACCUGUUGAAUGUACCUUUGUUAUAAGCAGCAUAAUCAAAAUCUAAGAUGCAAGAAUUCCCAGUGAUUUUAAACUAUAAUGUAAUUAGGGUUUUUUUUGUUUGUUUCAGUUGAAAAGGCUUUACUUGAAUUGUGUUUGUGUUCGAGUGGUAUCCAUAUAGUAUAAGGUUUAUCCUUUUGUGGCAAAACUGAAUCUCUUGUCACAUUAUUGUAUCAGACACUUUGUACAUUGGUUUUGAUUUCUGUGUGUGAAUGAGUGAAGAGUGUUUUCUUCCUUAUGGUUGUGACCCCCCCCCCCCCCCCCCCCCCCCCAAAACGAUGGGAGGACAAGUCUUCCUAAUUCUGAUGUGUGUCAUAUUUUGAACAUGAAUCUGUUGCUUUUACAUGGUCCAUCUCCUGCGUUCUCACAGUGGGACUUCCUUUGCAAGAUUUGGCAGCUCUUAUUUGACAGUUGGAAAUGUUGGGUGUUGGAUGGGAAGUGGGUGGUGUUUGGCAGGGUGUGUGUGUGUGUGUGUGAGAGAGAGAGAGAGAGAGAGAGAGAGAGCGACAGGGACUUGAGGAUGUAAAUGAAGCAUGCCAUAUUAUUGCCAAGCCAUUGUGACCUGCAUUUACCUGCUUUUUUUAAUCGCUCCUCCUGUGAUUGGCCGUGUUCUUCUUUGGUCAGAAUCGCAUCUGUAUAAUAAGAAAAUGCCUUAACGCUGUCCAGAUCCGUUCUAGAUUUCUUUGUUUCACAUAUCACAUAUUGUAAAACACGCUGGCUUUACGCAAACAAAUGUAAACACAGUAGUCCUUUUAUCACUUCUGAGCUGUGACAAACUCAACUUGCCACGCUUGUUAAGGGCACAUUUAGAGAAAUGGAUUUUAAAGGAGCAGAUGCUUUGCUCUUGUAGUUUUUAAACUACUCCGCUAUAUCACUGAGGAUUGGAGUACAAACAGAGGAGACAUAUUUUCCUUUUUUGCGUCAUCUCACAGUGUUUCUCCGCUUUACACUAAGCAAAACAGGCAAGUCUCCAAUAUAAGGCUGAAUCUCACCUUGUUAUCCUUUCUGUCAUGUUAGUAGCGCUUACAGGCAAGUAUUAAGCCAACUCUGUGCCUUCUGCACUGUCGAGCUGCAUCCUCCUCCCUGUACAUACAGUAGAUAGGACCGUAGGUUUAAUGUGGCUACAACAUCAUCUAAACCCACCUCUUUCUUUUCCUCUCCAGUGGAACUGCUGUAAAUGAACUUAAGUUUAAAUAAACUGUCUCAAAAGUU